UGAAGUGUGAGGCUGAAGGCGAGGGAGUGAUGGCUUCUACAAAUCUACCUCGCUUUUGGCGAAACGCAUCCCAAGCGGAAUUGUUGGACUUUCAAAAUAAUAAUGUGGUUCCGGAGAAAAUGCGGGUUUUUGGAAAUGGCAUCCUUAAUGGAAAAACUAGUAGCUACAGUGAUGAUGAAGAAAGUGAUAUCGAUGAUCCAGCCAAUCAAUCCCUCCUAAAUAAGCUCCUCCGGAGGACACUAAUCGACUCUUCUCACAGUGUGGAAGUUUCGCAGAGGGAUCCUACAUCACCGCUCUUCUCUGUUAAAUCAUUUGAGAAGCUUCAUCUAAAAGAUGAACUGUUACGUGGUAUAUAUGCUAUGGGCUUCAACAGGCCUUCAAAAAUCCAAGAGAAUGCCCUUCCAAUGAUGCUCGCAGACCCUCCCCAGAAUCUGAUAGCACAGAGCCAGUCUGGAACAGGAAAAACUGCUGCAUUUGUCCUGGCUAUGCUGAGUCGUGUGGAUGCAAAGAAGACUUAUCCACAGUGCAUGUGUCUUAGUCCUACAUUUGAAUUGGCUUUGCAGACUGGAAAAGUAGUUGAAGAGAUGGGAAAGUUCUGUAAUGGAAUUAAAGUCAUAUAUGCUGUUCGUGGAAAUAGACCUGGAAAAGGUACCCAAAUAGAAGCACAGAUCGUAAUAGGAACACCUGGUACUGUAUUGGACUGGUGCUUCAAACUAAGGCUUAUAAAUGUCAAAAACAUCUCUGUGUUUGUGUUAGAUGAGGCUGAUGUCAUGAUAAAUGUUCAAGGUCAUUCUGACCACAGUGUUCGUGUUAAAAGAUCAAUGCCGAAAACUUGCCAGAUGCUUCUUUUCUCUGCCACCUUUGGGGAUUCUGUGUGGGCUUUCGCUGAACGAAUUGUUCCAGAUCCUAAUAUCAUAAAGCUGAAGAAAGAAGAGCUAACUCUUGAUAAUAUACAACAAUUUUAUGAUAAAUGUGAAAACAAGGAGCAAAAAUACUCUGCAUUGUGUAACAUGUAUGGGAUUAUAACAAUUGCCCAAGCAAUUGUAUUUUGUCAGACUCGAAAAAUUGCCAAUUGGCUUUCUCGACAUAUGUUAGAAGAUGGUCACCAAGUAGCAUUGUUAAGUGGCGAACUUUCAGUUUGUGACCGUGCAGAAAUGAUACAGCGAUUCCGUGAGGGGAAAGACAAAGUACUUGUUACUACUAAUGUUUGUGCACGAGGUAUUGAUGUUGAACAGGUCUCAAUUGUAGUGAAUUUUGACCUGCCAGUCAAUGUUGAUGGCUCAGUAGACUUUGAAACAUACUUACAUCGUAUCGGCCGCACUGGGCGGUUUGGAAAGAAGGGCAUUGCAGUGAACCUUAUAGAGAAUUCCUUUGUGUACAUGCUAAAGGAGAUUGAAGAACACUUCACCACAAAGAUUAAAAAGCUAAACAGUUGGGACUUUGAUGAGAUGGAGAAAAUAUGGAAGUAAAGUUUAAUGGUGAUAAUGAGAAGUCAACAUUAUCAUUCUUGGUCUGAAGUUAUGGUUUCGUUUUCUACGCUAACAGUGCCAAACUAACUUCUGUUGCAGAAUAGAUGUAAAGUUAAUUUUUAAGUAUUAAAAUUAACUGUUUAAUAUUUCACUUUUAAGUUACAUUAUUGUGCAAAAUGCAGUACUAGUGAGCGAUCUAAACUUAUGGUAAGAUUGUUGGGAUUUACUGUGAUUUACUUUUCUGUGUAGCAUUAUCAUUUGGGCUAACCUGCUUACCAAUGAUUGUGUAUAAUUAGGUGUGGCAGCACAAAUUUGGAGUUUUGGGUAUCAGCUUUUCACAUGAGCACUUUUGGAUACAUCAUUAUAGAGCAAUGUUUUCCUUGACACCGCCUUUUUACAUUUUUGGUUGUUUGCAAAAUUUGUAAUUGCACAUUUUUGUACGAAAGCCCAUAUUAAUACUUUUGCCAGUCUGCACAUAAUCAGAUUGUAUAAGAGCACACAUUCACUACAAAUUUGGCUUAGCAUUAACAAAAAUAAAAAAGAAAAUUACCAAGCACUUGAUGGAUUGUUUGUUUGUCACCACUUUGCACUGUGUUAUGUUUAUGGAUUUUAUCAUUGUUUUCCCACUAAUGUUCUUAUGUUUUGUAUUUGGAAGUGUAAUUCCUGAAAAAAAGAUUUUCUUACAGUACUGCUGUAGAAGUCAUAAGUUAAAUAUUUGCGUUUUUGACCUGGGUUUUCUUAUAAUAAAUUUGCUUGUUUUUAAUUUUGAAUGGGUUUUGCCUUUCCUUAAGUCUUUGUAAAGACAAUUUAGGGAAAUUCUAAAACAAGAAUAAAAGUAGUAUUUAAAGCAA